AUGGAGUUUUAUGACGAGUUCGACGAUAACCUCGGCGCUAUGCCGACCAAAGCACAGAGGUUGCUACUAGGCCAUACGGGACCGGAAGGUAGUAACAACCGUAACUCGAUGCACAGUUCUCUUGCUUCACCAACCGAGACUGAAUUCAACAAUAGACCAUCUUCCUCCAGUGCUUUCAAACAAGCAUUUCGUUCAACCAUGAGCAAAUCGUUCAGACGACCGAAGAGGACGGAAUCAAAUGUUUCUUCAAGUGGAGCGUUAUCAUUGAAAUCUCCAACGACUCCCUCAAGAGAUUCAUGGGGAACGUCAAACAUGCAAACACCUUCAACGGCAAACAGUGUUCAUGCUCCUGCAACGAUGUGGCCUCAAACGCCUACUUAUAAGCCAAAUAGAUCAUCACAUUAUUCAAAUAGGGCUUCCAGACGUAGCUCAUUGUUUGGAGAGAAAGGAAGGGACGAUCCGCCCUCGAAAGGUGUAUCGCCUACUCUAAUAACAAACUUCCGUGAGAAUAUGCUCUCAGGCAAAUCCACCAAAUCAUUACCUCCAAAACCUAAACGGAAAAAUACCAUUCAAGGUGGUGAUAUGAGUUUAAUGGAAAAAAUAACAGCAACAGGUUCAAAGAUCCUCAUUCCAUCGCCUAAUCGGUCGAGGCAUGCAACCUUUUCAACGCCUUCAACACAAAGAUCCGAAUUUACAGUACAAGAUGACGCACCUGAGCUACCACCAAUUCCAACCCAUUAUCGCAAUUCCAAAGCACCUUCUCAAAUGAGCUUCCUUGAGGCGAUUGAUACCACCUAUCAAAGUCGUCAUGAGUCUCACUCUCCUGGCUCAAAUCCCUCGGAAAUGGAUCCUUUUUACCUUCAAAAGCUUGCCGAAUCACCUGCUUGUUUCGAUUAUGACAUGUCAGCCACAACUGCCGAAUCACCACUUCAACCAAUGACGGAAAACACCACCGUAAACGAUAGUCCGACGGUUCCCUCUCCAUGCUCAAAAGAUCAAAUGCCUUUCAAACAGUUCAAGAGAACUCAAAGGAAGCCGUGGGAGCGUCCAAUCUGCGCUCCUCCACCGUUAGAGCUAGGUGAUUUGAGUAAUAUCUCUAAUCAGGCCAUGAAUACGGCAAUGAAACAACCUCCUGUGCCUAAAAGAACCUCUUCAAAGCCAGAUGUGAUGGAAGAGCAAGUCUUGCCUGAUUCACCAAUCUUGCCUGAUCCUAAAAGUCCAGAUUCAACAUUGCCAUAUUUGAAAGCAUCUCCCGCUCCACCAACAACACCAGACGCGCAAAAGCCAUCUUUACUCGCACAAAGAACACGAAGGAACAUAUUUGAACAGUUCAGAAAAGCUUCCAACGAUGUAAAAGAGCCACAAGUGGAAGUUCAAGAAACAUAUCCAACUGAUGACAUGGAACUUUUGACUCACGGUGACACUCCGUUGGAUCAAUUUCCCGGAAGUCCAAUCGAUAACGAUAGUAUUUUCGAUACUAUCUCAGAAGCUCACUCUGUACUUGACUCGGAACGAUUGUCUUCAUUUUUCCCAAUGCCGCCUACGAGGAACAGUACUGGUCAAAUUUCAUUACAUGCCUCUAAUAGCAUGUCAGAUCUUUCAACCACUGUCAAUUCCGAAGAAAGAGCAAAAGAUAAAUCAUUCAACCAAAAAUCUAGCUCGAUGGAACAGUUAAACAACUUGAUAGACGAUUUAGAGAAUGCAAUUACCGAUGGAGUGGGUAAAAAAUCCGGUACAAUAUCCAAAUCAGUCAGUCAAGUCAGUUUACUAUCUGAUGACACUGCCAGCAAUGUUGGUCGUGCUAUCGAGCACUCACGUGAUAAUUCACUUGCGAUAUUGAGUAAGAAGUUCAUUCAGAUCAGUGGAAUCGAUCGUCCACAGCUGGUUAUUCAAGGCAGACAAAACGUGACUUCUGCAGCGGAAGAUGGUGGUGAUAAAUCCACAAAAGCGGAAAUGAAUAAUCCUGAAGUAGUGGAAUUUAAAGCAACUUUGCAAAGUGAAUCAAUGGACGGUCAACAAACAUUAAAUCGAUCAGGAACGUAUGAUGGAUCCGAUAAAGAGGUACUCUCUAACAAUAAGGCCAAACUGCCACAAAAGACAACAAAAACGGAUAUAUACAACAUGGAUUUAUGUAGAUUAUUAGAUAUUCCCUCGAUAACCGAAACGAUUGCUACUCCUAUGGAAGAGAAAGAUGUGGCACUUGAAAAACGUCUUAGAGGUCGACAAAGAGGUUCAACAUUCUCAUUUUGGGGUACAAAUCUUUCAAAUAAAAGAGCUUCUAGUGGUUACCACAGCCAUAGUAGAAAAGGUUCAACGAAUUCUACCACACCCUCCAUUUCUUCUUCUUCACAAAGCGGUGAUCGAAGGACAUCGUUGCAAAGUGCAUCUUCAAACAAAGGCGUAUUAUCGUCGACUGCAUCUUCUACAAAGUCAAGUUCAGAAAAAUGGCAAAAAAAUCGACCGGAAUCGAUCGAUCUGGAACAUGGAUAUCCAACGGGAAGUUAUUUUUCCUAUGACAGCGAUUUAGAUGACCGUUCUCUCGGCUCUCAUCAAUCAAUCCAAGAACAAAGUUCAAAAGCGCCCAAGAUUAUUCCAUUCAAAAGCCUCUUACGCACGGUCAAGAGUUAUACUGCUGUGCAACCUGCAAUGGUCUGA